AUGAAGCCGCUGCGGUCCGCAGCCGCAGAAACUUGAUCCUCGACUGAUAAACCUCUGCUCCUGUCUCCGCACCCUCCUCCCCAGCCGCUGCACGCUGCGGGUGCAGGAUCCAGGCUCUCGGACCGAGGCCACUGCGCGCCCUCGGAGCAGGGGUGCAGGGGGGGUUGGCCGCGGGGCCCCGAGGCCAGCCCCCCCGGAGUGACUGCCACCACCAUGGCGGACGGGUCACCUCGGCCCCCACUUUAUCGCAGCGUCUCGUUCAAACUGCUGGAGCGCUGGAGCGGCGGACCCGGGCCGAAGGAAGAGGACGCGGACACCCCCGGGUUGCGGCGCCGAGCUUCGUGCCGGCCAGCCGCGGCAGUCCCGGGCCAGCCCUCCCGGCGCGUGUCCAAGCUGGCGUCGGGGCCCCCGGCCGCCCCCGCGCAGCCGCGCCCGCUCCGUAGCCUCUCGCCAUCCGUGCGCCAGCUUUCCCGGCGCUUCGACGCGGCGCGUUUGGACGACGACUCCGCUGGUGCCCGGGACGAGGGUUGCUCCCCCAGCACGACAGAAGAAGCAGCUGAAGGCACUGAGCGUGGGGCCUGGCCCAGCGUCACCGAGAUGCGCAAACUGUUCGGCGGCCCGAGCUCCAGGAGACCAAGUGUGGACUCUGAGGCCCUGGGGACGACCAGCCCCGACGGAGCUUCGUGGGAGUCCCCAGUUCGUGAGCCCCGGCAGCCUCCAACGCCACCUCCUCGAACGUGCUUCCCUCUGGCUGGUUUGCGUUCUGCACGGCCGCUGUCCGGGCCGGGGAUCGAGGGGAGGCGACGUCGGCAGCAGCAACAGGAGCGGGCGCAGCGUCCGGCGGAUGGUUUACAUUCUUGGCAUAGCUUCUCCCAACCGCAGGCCGGGGCCCGGGCCUCCUCCUCCUCCUCCAUUACCUCCUCCUAUCCUGUCAGCCGCAGCCGGGCUGCUAGUUCCAGCGAGGAGGAAGAGGAGGGACCGCAGCCACAGCUUGGGCCGCAGAGUCCGGCCUACCUCGGCGGCCACUCUUCAGGCAGUGAUGAGGACCCAGAUGGUGAGGAUGGCCGUCGCUGGAGAGGGAGAGGGUUCAGGCCUGGAAACUCUCUGUUGGUUCGUGGCUGCAGCCAGGACAGUGAUGAGCUAAAUUCGGGCGGCUUGGGAUCAGCAGGUGGUGUCAGGAGCCCCGAACCUCCAACAUCUCCAAGAACCUCUAUGGAAGAGGGACUCCGGGAGUGGGGUACUGGCAUGCAGCCCUGCGUCCCAGGUCCUCAAGAGAGCUUAAGGCCUCUGUCUGACACUGGGGGAGCACCUUUCCGUGUGGCGAAGGUGAGCUUUCCUGCGUACCUGGCCAGCCCAGCUGGCUCCCGAGGUAGUAGUCGCUAUUCUAGCACUGAGACCCUCAAGGAUGAUGAACUAUGGUCCAGCCGCAGUUCUGUGAGCUGGGGUGUGUAUCGCUCCCCGAGUUUUGGAACGGGAGAAGGGCUCCUUCUGCGGCCCCAGACUAGGUCCCGCACAAAGGGACCUGUAAGCACCACCAGGCCUCUGAGGGAUGGAGGAUUGGAGCUAGACAAGAACCGACAGCGCAAGUCACUAUCGAAUCCAGAUAUCGCCUCCGAGACGCUGACGCUUCUCAGUUUUCUGCGCUCAGACCUUUCAGAGCUGAGGGUCCGAAAGCCCAGUGGGGGCCCCGGGAACAGUCCCCUAGAUGGCGGAGACUCACCAUCACCAGGUAGCCCAGUGGAGCAACUUGAGUCCAUGCCACCCCAAAGUCCAGCGUCACCCACCACUCGACCCACCCUCAAGGACCUGACAGCUACCCUGCGCAGGGCAAAGUCGUUCAGCUGCUCAGAGAAGCCCAUGGCUCGCCGCUUGCUCCGCACCAGCGCCUUGAAACCCAGCUCCUCUGAGCUCCUGCUGGCAGGCUCUGGGGCAGAGGAGGAUCCACUGCCACUCGUGGUCCAGGAUCAGUAUGUGCAGGAGGCCCGUCAGGUUUUUGAGAAGAUACAGCGCAUGGGUGCACAGCAGGAUGAUGGAAGUGAUGUCAGCCCUAGAAGCCCCGGCUGGGCAGGCGACAUGACCCAAGGGCAGCGGUCUCAGGAGGAGCUCUCUGGCCCUGAGUCCAGCCUGACAGAUGAGGGCAUUGGGACAGAGCUCUCUGGCCCCGAGCUUCUCGGUGCCACCUUUUGCAGCCUAGAUCCUGCAGGGGUAUGGCGACCUCUUUCCUCCACCUCAGCUCAGAUGAACCACCUCCAUGGGGUUGGGAUGGAAGACAGUCUGGGUGGGAGAGCCCUUGUGUCUCCUGAGACCCCCCCAACACCAGGUGCUCUCCGCAGGAGACGCAAACUCCCACCCUCAGGCCCUAGUGGAGCUGAUCUAAGCAGUGGAGAGGCAAGUGAGGCCUACAGAUCCCUGAGUGACCCUAUUCCACAGCGUCAUCGGGCUGCCGCCUCUGAGGAGCCCUCCGGGUUCUCUGUGGACAGCAACCUUCUGGGCUCACUGAACUCUAAGACAGGGCUUCCAGUGACCCCAACGAUGGAUGAGGGCCUGACCAGUGGCCACAGUGACUGGUCUGUGGUUAGUGACGAGAACAAGGACUAUCAGGAAGUCAUUCAGAGUAUUGUUCAGGGGCCUGGUGCCUUGGGGCGUAUGGGAGAAGACAGGAUCGCUGGCAAGACCCCUAAGAAGAAAUCUCUGAGCGACCCUAGUCGCCGUGGGGAGUUGGCUGGGCCUGAAUUUGAGGGCCCAGGAGGGGAGCCCAUUCGAGAAGUGGAGCCCAUGCUGCCUCCAUCCAGCAGUGAACCUAUCCUUGCAGAGCAGUGGGCAGAGCCAGAAGACCCCGGUCCUGCCAGAGGCAGGGCACAGUCAGAGAGGGCCCUACCUGCCCCACCUGCCUCCUCCACUGCCCACCACGACUUCCAUCUUGACCCCAAGCUGGCCAAUGUUCUCUCCCCUCGACUCAUCCGCCGAGGUUCCAAGAAGCGCCCAGCCCGGAGCAGUCACCAGGAGCUUAGGAGAGCGGAGGACAACCAGGACCAAAAUGGUAGCCAGACACAAGUCCGGUCUUCCUCCAAACAUGUUCGACAUGCGAGCGUGCCUGCUGCCUUCACACCUAUUGUGGUGCCUGAGCCUGGGACUUCCGUGGGACCCCCUGUGGCUGUGCCAGAGCCUGUGGCCUUCCCUGCGAGAGCUCAUCCCACACUGCAGGCACCAUCACUUGAAGAUGUCACCAAGCAGUACAUGCUGAGCCUCCACUCUGGUGACGGUCCUGCCCCAGGUCCCGUGGACCCACCCUGCUUGCCUCCCUCCGCACCGCCCUCUGCUGAGACCAAGCCCUCUGGGGCUGCCAGGGCUCCAGAUGAGCCUGCCCCAGCAAGCAAGUGCUGUAGCAAGCCACAAGUGGACAUGCGGAAGCACGUGACCAUGACCCUGCUGGACACAGAGCAAUCGUAUGUGGAGUCACUGCGCACCCUAAUGCAGGGCUACAUGCAACCACUGAAGCAGCCAGAGAACUCCUUGCUGUGUGACCCGUCGCUGGUGGAUGAGAUCUUCGACCAGAUCCCUGAACUUCUGGAACACCACGAACAGUUCCUGGAGCAGGUCCGGCACUGCGUGCAGACGUGGCAUGCCCAGCAGAAGGUGGGAGCCCUGCUCGUCCAGUCGUUCUCCAAAGACGUCUUAGUGAACAUUUAUUCCGCCUAUAUUGAUAACUUCCUCAAUGCAAAGGAUGCUGUACGCAUAGCUAAGGAGGCGAGGCCGGCCUUUCUCAAGUUCUUGGAGCAAAGCAUGCGUGAGAACAAGGAAAAGCAGGCACUGUCUGACCUCAUGAUCAAACCCGUGCAGAGGAUCCCACGAUAUGAGCUGCUGGUGAAGGACCUUCUGAAGCACACACCCGAAGACCAUCCAGACCACCCACUCCUGCUGGAUGCUCAGCGGAACAUCAAACAGGUGGCUGAACGCAUCAACAAGGGAGUGAGGAGUGCCGAGGAGGCGGAGCGGCAUGCCCGUGUGCUGCAGGAGAUCGAAGCCCACAUCGAGGGCAUGGAGGACCUCCAGGCCCCCCUGCGGCGGUUCCUGAGGCAGGAGAUGGUUAUUGAAGUGAAGGCAAUUGGAGGCAAGAAGGACCGAUCCCUCUUCCUGUUCACCGACCUCAUUGUCUGCACCACCCUGAAACGGAAGUCAGGUUCCCUACGCCGCAGCUCCAUGAGCCUGUACACGGCAGCCAGCGUCAUUGAUACGGCCAGCAAGUACAAGAUGCUGUGGAAGCUGCCGCUGGAAGACACAGACAUCAUCAAAGGGGCGUCUCAAGCCACCAACCGGGAAAAUAUCCAGAAGGCCAUCAGCCGCCUGGAUGAGGACCUGGCCACCCUGAGCCAAAUGAGCAAGCUCUCCGAGAACCUUGGCUUCCCCCAUCAGAGUCUGGACGAUGCGCUGAGGGACCUCUCUGCCGCCAUGCACCGGGACCUGUCGGAAAAGCAGGCACUGUGCUACUCACUUUCUUUCCCACCCACCAAGUUGGAGCUGUGUGCCACCCGGCCUGAGGGCACCGACUCCUUCAUCUUUGAGUUCCCCCACCCCGAUGCCCGCCUGGGCUUUGAGCAGGCCUUCGAUGAGGCCAAGAGGAAGCUGGCAUCCAGUAAAAGCUGUCUAGACCCUGAGUUCCUGAAGGCCAUCCCCAUCAUGAAAACUCGCAGUGGCAUGCAGUUUUCCUGUGCUGCCCCCACCCUCAGCAGCUGCCCAGAGCCAGCACCAGAGGUGUGGGUGUGCAACAGUGAUGGCUACGUGGGUCAGGUGUGCCUGCUGAGCUUGAGAGCGGAACCAGACGUGGAGGCCUGCAUUGCCGUUUGCUCUGCCCGCAUUCUCUGUAUCGGAGCGGUGCCAGGUCUGCAGCGUCGCCCGCGAGAGCAGCCAGAGCCCUUGAGGAGUCCCCCGGAGACCACCCUGGAGCCCGCUGGGCCCGAACUAGAUGUCGAGGCCACAGCUGACGAGGAAGCAGCAACACUGGCCGAGCCAGGGCCUCAGCCUUGCCUGCACAUUUCCAUCUCAGGAUCUGGUCUGGAGAUGGAUCCAGGCCCUGCCAAGGGUGACCCCCAAGCCGAAUUGGUGCCCUUUGACAGUGACUCCGAUGACGAAUCUUCACCCAGCCCCUCCGGGACACUGCAGAGCCAAGCCAGCCAGUCUACCAUUUCCUCCAGCUUUGGCAAUGAGGAGACCCCAAGCUCCAAGGAGGCCACUGCAGAGACAACCAGCUCCGAGGAAGAGCAGGAGCCUGGCUUCCUGUCACUCUCUGGCUCCUUUGGACCAGGCGGUCCCUGCGGCACCAGCCCAAUGGAUGGACGAGCCCUUCGCCGCUCAAGCCGUGGUUCCUUCACAAGGGGCAGCCUUGAGGACCUGUUGAGUGUGGACCCUGAAGCCUACCAGAGUUCCGUGUGGCUGGGCACCGAGGAUGGCUGUGUCCACGUCUACCAGUCCUCUGACAGCAUCCGCGAUCGCAGGAACAGCAUGAAGCUCCAGCACGCAGCCUCCGUGACCUGCAUCCUGUACCUGAAUAACCAGGUGUUUGUGUCCUUGGCCAAUGGAGAACUUGUAGUCUACCAAAGGGAAGCAGGGCGUUUCUGGGACCCCCAGAACUUCAAAUCGAUGACUCUGGGUGCUCCAGGGAGCCCCAUCACCAAGAUGGUGUCUGUGGGUGGACGGCUAUGGUGUGGCUGCCAGAACCGGGUUCUUGUCCUGAGCCCUGACACACUGCAGCUGGAGCACACAUUCUACGUGGGGCAGGAUUCCAGCCGAAGCGUGGCUUGCAUGGUCGAUUCCAGCCUGGGUGUGUGGGUGACCUUGAAAGGUAGUGCCCACGUUUGUCUCUACCACCCAGACACCUUUGAGCAGCUGGCGGAGGUAGAUGUCACCCCUCCUGUGCACAGGAUGCUGGCAGGCUCUGACGCCAUCAUCCGACAGCACAAGGCAGCCUGCCUGAGGAUCACGGCACUGUUGGUGUGUGAGGAGCUGCUGUGGGUGGGCACCAGUGCUGGGGUUGUGCUGACUAUGCCCACCUCCCCGAGUACCGUCAGCUGCCCACGAGCGCCUCUCAGCCCCGCUGGCCUAGGCCAGGGGCACACCGGCCAUGUCCGCUUCUUGGCGGCAGUCCAGCUGCCUGAUGGCUUCAACCUUCUCUGUCCAACCCCGCCACCUCCCCCAGAUACAGGCCCUGAGAAGCUGCCAUCCCUGGAUCACCGGGACUCCCCUCGGCACCGAGGCCCCACCUCAGCCAGGCCUAAGAUGCUGGUUAUCAGUGGUGGUGAUGGCUAUGAGGACUUCCGGCUCAGCAGCGGGGGUGGUAGCAGUAGUGAGACCGUGGGCCGUGACGACAGCACAAACCACCUCCUCCUGUGGAGGGUGUGAGCCUGCCCACUGUGGCCCAGGACCCACCUGUGCACCUGCCCUCAGCCUGCCUGUCUCUUCCCAGGCCACACGCAGACCGUGAGCAGUGUCCAAGCAGGGCCAUACCGUGUGGACUCUGUCUCACCUUUGUGGAAGCAUUCCUGGUAGAACACUGCCAGCUAGGCCGAGGCCUCUCCUACCCGCUGACCACCCUGGUGCUGCCAUUUGGAACCGGGGUGGAGAUGUGGAGGCUGCCCAGGACCUCUGUCCCUGAAGCUUCUACCAAAGACGCAGCUGGGCCUGGACCCCACAGGGCUGGGGAGGCCAUGUGCAAUAUGUGGAGGGAUUUCUGGGGCAGCGGAAAAGCUAAGGGACGGCAUCCUUGCCUAUGUACAGUAUUUAUGUUACUUUGUAGAUGAAUACUUUUCCAAAGCACUUAUUUAUGCAGUGACCUGGGGCAGGACAUGAUGUGAGGAAAUGAUAGGCUGAUAAAAGCCUGUUCCUGUGUGAGAGGCCACCCUGGAACCCUAGCCAAGCUUUCCUGAAAGGACCAAUGCCCAUCCAUUACACACACACACACACACACACACACACACACACACACACACACACUCACAUUCACUCUGCAUGUUCAGGGCACUAAGACACUGUCCCUAAAGGUAAACUCCAACCAUCCUCACCCAGAAGCAGAAUUUGCUCAUGUGCCCUCAGACAUUCAGACAAGAUGACCAGGGGGCAGUGACUGUCACUGGGCAGCUUCCCAGCUUUAGCAUUUCCAAGGUGUUGGUGGUGCCUAAGGUUCCUUAAUUUGGGAACAUUGGUGGGUCUGGGACAGGGCUUUCUCAGGUAAGAGAAAAGGGCCUUCCCUCCUCACAGCUGGCCCUGGCCCCAGCUCCUGCCUCCCCAUGUCUUAGGCACUGGCACGAUGGUCACCUUGGGGUGGACCUAUGUCCCCUUUCUCCGGCCACUGAAUCUAAUCCCUCUCUAAACACCCCAUCUUGCCAGGGGCAGUCCUUUUAGGAAGAACCACCCCCACAAAGUUGAGGGACUAGACAUAGCCUUUUUAACUGGGAAAGCUUCUGCUUGGGGCAGUCUCUCCCUCACCUCCAGGCUGCAGGGAGCCGCCGUGACCCUCAGCCCCUCGCUUCAGCUACAACUCCAAAGGUCUGGUUUCAGAUAGGGUUUGUUUGUUCCGUUUGAUUUUGUUUUUCUUUGGGGUGGGUGGGUCAUUGCGGUCUUAGAUUAUAUUUCUCUUGCUACCAAACAGCCAUGUAUUAACUCUCCUCAGAUGAUGAAAUUUAAAGAGUCAAUAAAUAGAACACCAAAUGAUGGCUCCCCCUUGGCCUUGGGCCGUAAUGGCCUACUGCCAGCCACCUCAGGGCUCUGUCUCCCCAGGGAUGAGGCCUUCCUCACUGACUCACUUAGACCGAAGGGAACAGAUGAAGAGUGCUGGGAUGAUAGGGUCACCGCUGACUUCCUGUGUUUCCAUGAGCAGGUCACUGCGCCUGUCUGGGCUCCAGGUUCCUCAAAAGAACGAAGGAAUUUGGAAUGUUAGAAUUACCUACAAAUCGUACACAUAUCAAUAGUGUGCCAAUCAAGAGCUUCCAAGUCAGUCUAAGUCUCAGAAAUCUGAAGCAGCCAUGCUACAUACAGGCAAGGAGCCAGGGCAGUAGAGUCCUAGCUCAGGCUCCUACAGCACAGAACCAGAACCCAAGUCUGUCUGAUUCUGGUCCAGAGAGGUGUGCCAUUAAACUAGGCUGCAAGGAAUGCAAAUGCCCAGCAACAUGGGGCCACUCUGUAGGGACAAAGAGCCCCUCAUACCAUGGUAUCCCCAUGAGACUUGAGCUGGCCCUCACAACAAAGGAAAGGUCAUGACAUCUCUGCUUAGUUCAGUCCUAAUGACUGCCUUAAAAAAUUUGGCUUCUGGGACUGGAACAAUAAUAGUUUAGUGGUUAAGAGCAAUGCCUGUUCUUCCAGAGGACCCAGGUUCAAUCCCCAGCACCUGCAUGGCCACUCACAACCAUCUGUAACUCCAGUCCCUAGGGAUCAGAUGCCUUCUUCUGGUCUCCAGGGCCACUGCCUGCACAUGGCCACAGACCUACAUGCAGGUAAAACAUCCAUACACACAAAAUAACAAAUUUCCAAUAAAAAAUUAGUUUCUGGUCUGAAAGGGUAGUUCAGUUGACAGACUGUAUGCUUGGCCUAUGGGAGGCUGAGGCAAGAUGAUCUUGAAUUCAAAACCAGCUUGGACGGGGUACUGAUGGCACAUGCCUAUCAUACCAGCACUAGGGAGUCGGUGGCAAAUGGAGCUCUGUAAGUUGAAAGCCAGCCUGGUCUACCUAGCAAGUUCUAGGUAAGCCAGUGCUAAAUGGUGAGACCCCUCCCCGUCUCAAAACAAAACCAACAACUUGGUCUACGAGGCAAAACCUCCCCGCUCCCCAAUCCCCAAAAUGGGACAAGAAAAGGGGGAAAGUGUAGGUGCGUGCUUUACAACUCACACACACCCUUCAGGGGCCUGCUGGGUCUUCCACACCACAGGAUGUGUCCAGGACAUCUUGUUAGCAUCGUUUUCAGUGAGGAGAGGGUUCUGUUCAUGUGGUAUUCAAGAUGAAAUGGAGGGAUGCAGAAUUUGGGACUGAACAGAUUCUGUUUGGAGUCUUGACGGCCACUCACCAGCCAUGUGACCAGACCAAAUUCCUUCUUUCUCAGUAAAAGGGUCUGAUGACCUCUUCUCCCCUACAGGAUGCUUGGCUGGUAUGUAGAGUCCUUGGAAUGCAAGGGGGUUCACUAGGCCUAAAAUCAAAAGCAUGCCCUCUACUAGAGACCUGCGCUGGCAGUCACAGGGCCCGGUGAUCUAGACCUUGAUGACCCACCUCAGGCCCCUGCCUCCCUGCCACUAGUCCAGUUACUGCAUCUCUCUCGGUGGCUGUCACCCUCCAUGCUUCAACUGUUUCUGCCACCCCAGGAUUUCUGCCCUGACAGAGGCCCAGAGCAGACUUCACUUUCAGCACCAGGCGCACAGGGCUGGGUCUGCACCAUUGUCCCAACGUAAACAGUGAGAAUGGGCUGGCACAUUGCACUGCCGUUUAGAAGACCACUUUCCAGAGCAUGGGCUGGCCUGUGGACGGGUGCCCGUGGGGCCCGGCACUCAGGCUGUGCCAGUUUGCUGUGAAUGGGGAGGUCCUGAGGGAACAGGCCUUAGGCUCACCUCAGGGGAAGCUUCUGGAAGAAUUAUCUCCCCUAAAACAUGGUUUACAACCUGGGCUGUUCAUUAUAGCUCUCUGGGGGCACAGGCCCACUGAAGGCCAAUUAAAUGAGAACCUUAGGUAGGACCCAGGUAUCGGUAUUUUCAUAGGAAACCACUGACAUCUAACAUUUGUUUGAGGAAGUACACAGACUAGUGUACAGCUCAGCAGAUGGAUGUAAAGGCCAAGAGGCACCUGUCACCCCCAGCCCCUUACGCUCCUGGCCACUCAGGCUUGAGACGCCAUGGGGUGUGGUUUUCCCAGACAAGAGAACUGCCUUAAAGUGCAUGAUUAUGGGUGAGAGGAAGUAGGAGCGGGGUUUGAGUGAAGCAAGGAGGGAUGCAAGAGCCUGGUGUGAGAGUCCCCUGUACAUGGCAGGGAGAGAGAGAGCAAGGUGGAUGGCCGCUCUGAGGGCAGGGCACAGUCUCGGCUUCAUUCCCAAGCCUACUGUGGCACUUGCCAUACAAUAAGUGCUCGAUAAAUGUUGAACUCAUGGUUAAUGAAAUAAAUGUUGGAGAAUCCAGUUGCGACACA